AACGUCUGCAGUUGUGUUUCGUUCUUCGCGGGGUGUGUGUUAUCGCGGCCGUCGCAGCGCUUACGUACGGUAUUUCGGGUUUUUUGCCGCGUAUCGUCGCGGAUCUCUGCCUAUCGGCGCCAGUAACGUCAACAAGAUGCCUUAUCGCGGAAAAUUACGCUUGCUCGGCAGAGCCUGCCUCGCGUUCAGAAACUCGUGCGGCAAAAACGAGAGCGCCACUCCACACCUCACCGCCAGUAUUGUCGGCAGGAAUUUCUCCGUAAGCGGUGCGCUCGAUAUGAGGUUCGUUCAAUUCACAUUCAAGAAUGGGGGCCCGCAGCAUCUCGGUGUCCAGCUGAAACAGGGAGGCGACAUCAUCGCCGUGUCAGCGGUCGACUCGCGAAUCCCGAAUACGCUGAAGGAAUUCCUGGAGGGCGGCGAAGACUUUGUCAAAAAAGCCAAGAGGGAAGACGAUAUCGACCUAAGGAAGGCAGUAGAGAGAAUAGUCGCCGAAGGACGAAGCAUCAUACCCGAGGCUGAUGUGAAUUUCCUCGCACCGGUCACACGUAUGGACAAACUCGCCUGCAUCGGUCUCAAUUACAGCGGUCAUUGUCAGGAGCAAGGUUUACCAACUCCGGAGAGCCCGGUGGUCUUUAGCAAAUUUCCCAGCAACAUCAUCGGGCCGUGCGACAUUAUCCUGUUGCCUCAGAUCUCCGACAAAGUCGACUGGGAGGCCGAGUUGGCGAUCGUAAUCGGCAAAACAUGCAAAGGCCGUAAUAACGACGAAGUAGAGGAUUGUAUCUUUGGGUACACAGUGGCGCAAGACAUAACGGCGCGGGAUUGGCAGAAGUCUAAACGCAAUCGCGGACAGUUUCUCCUCGGCAAAGCGAUGGAUACGUUCUGUCCCCUGGGUCCGGCGGUUGUCACCAAAGAGGCGAUCUGUGACAUCAACAACUUGUCCGUUAGAACGUGGGUGAACGGCAAUCUGAAGCAGGACGGCAACACCAGUGAACUCAUUUUCAAACCCCACGACAUAGUCGCUUAUCUUUCGCAAUUUAUGACGUUGCUACCAGGCGACGUGAUCCUCACCGGCACUCCUGCUGGUGUAGGAUUCACUCGCAACCCACCCGAAUUCCUACAGCGCGGGGACGUACUGGAAACUGAAAUUGAAAGCCUGGGACGCCUGAGAAACAAAGUAAUCUGAUCUAAGAAACGGAGUAUGCAUUCGGAGAUCGUGUCGAAGAAGCGGUUCCCCCUUCAAAAUCUUCACAAGACUGGAACCACGUUCCUUCUGAUAUGCACAUUCGCGAUAACGUGAACCAUUCUAAAGACCAUAUCAGGGUUUACUCUGAAAGAUAUGUAGAUAAAAAUAGUUGAGAACAGGACUCCCAAAUAUUCAGAUAUUUAAUUAUCUGGAUAUCCAAAAUCAGUUUCGACCAAAAACUCAAAAAUUCAUCAUUCGAAUAAUGCAGAUAAUCGAGGUUAUUGUUAAUCGAAUUCGACUUAAUCUUCGAUUAAGUCAGGUUAAAUGCUGUUAAAAAUAAUAAUUUAAUGAUUCCAAUUUUUCAGAAAUCUACGUUGCCGCGGACGUUUUUUUUGCUGAAUCCGCUGCAAACGUAGAUAUUGAUUCGAAUUGAAUAUUUCAAUGAUUCUUAGAAAAUAUCUGAAUCUCCGAAUAACCAGAAUUUGUAACGUUGCAUUUAUCUGCUAUCCGAAUGAUCGGAUAUCAGGAUAAUGUUAGAGCUUGAAGUUAUGAGUCUUGAAAUGUCAGUCGAGAGUAUUCGGACUGCGUCGAUGACCACAACGCGAUUACGAAUGUUUAUGCCGGAAAUAACAGCGCCUUUCUUCAUUCAGGGCAUCAAUACGUCUAGCAUAGAUAGCACAGCAACGAUAAUUUUUUAUGUGUUAUGUAUUUUAUGUACACUUCUAUAAUUAAAAUGAAACUGUUUUUA